AUGAUUAAGUUUUUAUUUUCUGCCCUCCUUCUUCGCUCGCAUUCUGCAAUGCUGCAGUAUGCAAUUCAGGGUUCGUGCCAUGCGUGUCAAGGACGAAUAGGCGUUUCAGAUGGUCCAGACGGAGGGUUGAGGGAUUGUCUCUAG